UCCUCGGGGACGUUUGCCUUCAAAUUUGAUCUCAUUAAUUUUUAGCAGUGAAGCUGCAGCUUUAGUUUCACGACCGCAGCACAAUGAGCGAAUCGCCUGCGGGACAAACAACGAGCAGCUGCCGCCGGUGACACGUUACGUAAUGUCGGUGACACAGUGACGUCCUGCAGCUAAAACAUCUAGCCUAGCCAAAGCUAAGCUAACUCGGUCGUUGAAGCCAGCUCCGGGGAGUCUCUCCGCUGAAAAGCUCGAGAAAAGUGCCGCUUCCUCGCUGUCAACUGAACCCGCCCGCGUGUCGCGUUGCUCCAUCCUCCCGUGUGUCCGAGAAAUGGCUUUGGUGACAGGACUGAGGAGGCUGCUGGCUCCGGUCCGGUUACGGGAUUACUCGCGGACGACGGCGGCGGUGGCUUCGGGCUCCUGGCUGACGGGGCUGAGGGGGUUCACCAGCGGCACGCGGCCGCUCAGGUCAGACAACAAGGUGACAGUUCACUUCAUCAACAGAGACGGGGAGAAGGUCACAGUGAAGGGUUCCCCUGGAGACUCACUGCUUGAUGUCGUUAUUAAUGAAGACCUUGAUUUUGAUGGCUUUGGAGCGUGUGAGGGGACGCUGGCGUGCUCCACGUGCCAUCUAAUCUUUGACGAGGAUGUUUACAAGAAUCUGGGGCCGGUCACAGAUGAGGAGCUAGACAUGCUGGACUUAGCAUAUGGCCUGUCUGACACAUCUCGUCUGGGCUGUCAGAUCUGCCUGACGAAGUCUCUGGAGGGAAUGGUGGCCAGGGUUCCAGAGAGCGUAGCCGACAUCCGACAAAGCAAAGAUGGAUCUGGUUAACCGUGGAGCCGCUGCUGUGGAUCAUGGGUGUAGACAGUGUGGUUGUGUCCGGUCACAACUGAGUGAACAACAUGCACGCAUAGAUGAUGGUACGUGAAAAUCUGCCAGUACUGCUACUGCUGUACUUGGACGAAUGCCAUGGCACUGCAUUCAUUUUUAAACCUCCCAACUCACAGGAAAUCUACAGACAACUUUUAAUAACCAAGUAUGAGUACAGGACUCAACAAAAUUAUUUUUAUAGAACGUAAAAGUGCCCCCUUUCUGCACAGUGUCUGCUCGGACAUAAACUGUUUAUAAAGAUGGAUGAUGCUUCUCCACUUCUUUCCACUAUCCAGAAAUGAAGCCAGAAAAUCUUGAAUACGAGCGCUGCCUUUUUUACAUUUGGGGACAGAGUCUGUGCAGUAACGCUCAGAGGAUGGAUUUAUCACUUUAGGGGAGCAGUCAUGUUGUCCAUCUUUAUAUACAGUCCGUGGUUAGAACAUUGCUGCUGUAUUGUGGUGAAUAACAACAAUAUUUAAGGUUUAAGUUCUAAACUUAGAUAAACCAAUCAUAUCACCAAAUUGUAAACUCUACCUAUGAAUCAUCUUGUCGCUAUGGAUGUAGUGGAGGGCAGUGUUUGAUGCUGGACUCUCGCUGUCGUCCACCGCUGUUCUUCUCUGUUAUCUAGGAAAGUGUCUUUUUCUCAUUAACGCCACUAAGUUUACACGUCCAGUCGCAGUUUCUUCUCUCGACGCAACAUCCAAACGUUUGAAGUUCAGGUGUGAAUCCAGUCGUAUCCACUGAACAAGCUGAGUGGCACGUGUGCGUGUGAGCCAAUAACAGUUCUCGAUGCCUUACAGAUUGUGCUGAUACUGACACCCACUUGCCCCACCCCUCUCCACAAAAACAUA